AUGGAUACAGAGUACUACAAAAAUUUAAUACUUUCCAUGUUGGAAAAUAAUACUUACUAUGAGAAACUAACAUAUAACAACCCACAGAAAACUCUGAAAAACUUAUCCUCCUUAUUCCAAAUUCAUGGAAUGGGUCUUACAACACAUGAAAUUGACUAUUUAUCCAAUUUCAAAUACAGUCCUAGUCUAUUCUACAGAUUACCCAACAUACAUAAAAAUCCACUCAUUUGUGAAGCCUGCAAAGUCUCUACAAGCCUAUGCAUUAAUGUUCCUCCCCCUACUAACCUCAAACUCAGACCCAUCAUAGCUGGGCCUUCUUGCGAAACCCACCAUUUGAGUAACUUCCUCGACAUAUUACUCAAACCUCUUUUAAAAUAUGUGAAAAGCUAUAUCAGGGAUGACCUAGACAUGCUGAACCACCUCCUGAAAACAGUAAAGGACAGAACUCUACUGGUAUCUUUCAAUAUGGUGAAUCUAUACACUAAUAUCCCACAUGACUAUGGCAUAGAAGCAAUCACAUUUUGGCUAGAAAAAUACCCAGAAGAGAUCCCAGGACGAAUUAACCAAAAUUUUGUAAUUGAAGUACUGAAAUUCGUCCUGUUGAACAAUCAUUUCUUGUUCGAUACUACUUACUAUCGACAGAAAUGCGGAAUUGCAAUGGGGACCAGAGCUGCUCCAGUGAUUGCAAACCUCGUAAUGGGUUACCACGAACUCAAGUGA